CCUUCGUUUAAACCACGCUUAUCACAACGAGUAAACAUAAGAUUUGAAGAAACAUACAGUAAAAGAUGAGUUUUCUUAAAUUAGCCUUAGUCACUACUUCAAGAAUUUUUGCCAGGAGGCAAUUUGUCACUUCUUCCCAGUUACUGAAUGAUUCUGCAAGCAGAAAUGAUUCGAGUGACGAUAUGCCUGUUGAGAUGCCGAACCCUUUUCAAAAGGAGAAACAAGUUUGCAUACUGUGCAAGAUGAAAAUCGACCCUGAUUUCAAGAACGUGAAGCUCCUGUCGCAGUUCGUAUCUCCGUUCACAGGCCGCUUGUAUGGCAGGCACAUAACCGGCUUGUGCAAGUUGAAGCAGGAAGCCGUCGCCAGGGAAAUCAACAAAGCUCAACAAGCUUGUUUGAUGCCUUAUUGGAACAAACAGCCUGAAUUCGUUGACGAUCCGAAACUUUACAACUCAGAGAAGCCCAUCCGGAUGCACAGGUUUUGAAAGUUCGGCUGAUUUGUGUGAGAGAGUCCCAAGAGAUUAUGGAUUAGGGAAACCUCCAUGACCAACGACAUGCCUACCAAAAGGACAAAUCAACAGAGACUGCCUUGAACAAAUCGGUAC